AUGGCACAACCUCUUGAUGCAUCUGUCUGGCGUAAUCUCAACCAGGAUGUUAUCCUAGAGAUCCUCUCGCACGCCUGUGCUUCUUGGCCAGAGUCCUUCCUCGCCACAUCAGUCAUACUUGAGCCAUCUGCCAGGGGUGAUGCCUACAUUGAAGGCAUGGAUACCAUUCGUCAGCAGCUCCCUCUUCGUACCCUCUCAUGGACCAUAUAUCGACGUCUUCGUCUCCCACCUCUCAUCCACCUCUUGUGCCGGCACCAUGACUUUUUCCAGACGGUCAUCGACUUCGAACAAAAUUUCUGCCGGUGUGCACAGAGUAACCCUGGCUCUACACGUCCCCACAUCAACUUUCUGAACCUCGUCGGACUUGACGUCUUGUGGUCAGGAAGCUCAACUCCAGAGGUCCAGGCCAUUGCUCGCCGUGCAACCCCAUACAUGCUUGGGUUCCGCGCCCUGAGGAUCAUGACCAGUGGGAGUAGCGAAGGCGCCAAUCUGCUGCGUUGUGCUCAGUGGUGGACUGGCGAUUGUCAGGUGGAGUGGCUUGAGAUUGCACACAUAAACCCGGGUCAUCACCGGAUCUUCCACUUCACCUCUGAGUCACUUUCCCCGGAUGACGCUGCAGUUGCCAACUUCAGUCCCUUCAACAACCGUAUCACUACUCUGGCAUUGCUUUCCGUCUUCCCCCAUCUCCACACCAUCCACAUCAACACCCCCGCCUUUCUGCUUGGGGCCCUCGGAGGGAUAGCUCAUGAUGAAAGCAUUCAGCGAGCCGAUUUCGACUGGCCUGCUCAGGAGCGCAAACUGCAAUUCGAAAGGAGGAUCUUUCGGGGUGGGAGUAUACCAGACCACUUGAUGAGUACCCUUCUGUUUACGAGAUAG